AUUAGCGAGAAGGGGUUUUAACUUUCAAGUCACCAGUGCCAAUAACCCCUAACCCGCUAUCAGAGUAUCAUCAACUGUCAUCAACAUGACAAUUUCUGAGAAGACGGAGGCUGAACCAUAUCACCCUUGGGAACGGAACUUCAAUGGGAAAUCCUUCAAGCCUAACAGUAUAAUCUCCAUGAGUGCGUAUGGUCCGCAUCCCAGUUUCGACGUUGUUUUUGGUAAUUUAUAUCUCGAUAUUCAUACUAAAAAAGCCGCACUCAGAGCUUCUCCGUCUGUUGUGAGUCUCGUAUCUUAUUCAGGCGGAGAAGAGAUUUUCCAAUGUUCAGGAACAAUUAUAGAGAGCAAUGUUACUAGUAGUAUUAUACUAACCUCUGCUGAUUUGAUCCGGAUCCCAUCUCCUGAGGUUGGAAAUCCAACUGGUGUAAGCGCCACUCCAGAUGAAGAUAUUUAUGACAGGCGCUGUAGAAGUGCAAUUGCCAACCCUGUAAAUGUUGUCGUGCACCUAUCUGAUGGUCAGGAGUUCGAUGGUCAAAUCUUGGGAUUUGAUUCUCACUACAAUUUGGCUGUCAUAGAAAUCAAGUCAGCUACUCCUUUGACAGCAGCAUGUUUAAGACUUGUGGAUGAUUCUAUCUCGGUUGAUCCAAGUGAUUGCGCUUCAGAUUCUUGUCCACAUUCAGAUUCUUAUAAUCUUACCCCUGGAGAUUGCGUAAUUGCGCUUGGUCGUUUCUUUAGAAAGCCGUAUGAAUUAAUGGCCGCUCCUGGAGAAUUCAGCAUUAGUCGCUGUGAUUAUGAAUGCAAAGAGCUUUUUAGGGCGAAUUGCAGGAUCACAAGGUGUGGUGUUGGUGGACCACUUGUUAACUGCUCUGGGGAAGUUAUUGGGACAUGCUUUUAUGAUCUCUUUUAUACUCCUUUUCUGCCUGUGAAUCUGACUUCCAAAUGGUGGUAUCACUGCAAGAGAAUGAGGGAAAUGCAUCAGGAAAUCCGCCGUCCUUUGCUCUCAAUGGAACUUACCAACCUUUAUGCAGUUAGAAUAGGCUUACUAGAGAAGGUCAUUCAGAAGUUCCCUAACACCUUCAAGGGGGUUAUUAUUGAAGAGGUUGCACCAGGCUCUUCUGCUCAGAUAGCUGGAAUCUUUCCCAACGAUAUUAUUAUUGAAUUUGGUGGAAAAAGAAUCAGGAGUUUCUUGGAGUUGCUGGAGAUGAUGUGGGAUAAUGUUGGAAAUCACGUUAAGGUGGUCAUAGUACGACACAGUGACGGUGUUUCCAUGCCUAUUAGCAUGCUGGCCACUUUUACAAUUUGUACGCUGAACUCUGGAGGAUUUGAUGUCAGGCAUGGAAGAAUGAUUAUUUUGACCCCAUUUACUUUCUGCAACUGUCAAGAUAAGCAAAAUCUCAUAUGCUUUCUCUUCACUUCUUCUGUUGGCAGUAAGCUAGAGCUUGGAGAGGGUUUCGCGCCAAUAACCCCAAACCCGCCUUCAGACUUCAGUAUGAUGAAUUGGAGGAAGAGGAAGGCGCCAUCUGACCCUUGGGAACGACAGACAAAGGGCUCUUCCUACACCCCGGAUGAUAUGGCUUACGUCACAGACUAUGGUUUGAAGCGGCCUAAAUUCCAUGUUCAUUCCGGUAAUUUGUAUCUGGAUAUUCGUACUAAAAAAGCGGCUCUGAGUGCUUCUCCAUCCGUCGUGAGUCUUGUUUCUUAUUCAGGUGGAAAUGAGAUUUGCCAAUGCUCAGGAACUAUUAUAGAGAGCAAUGGGACUAGUAGUAUUAUACUAACUUCUGCUGAUCUGAUUCGGGUCCAAUCUCCUGAUGCUGAUUGCAACCGUAUAACUGCCAGUUCCACUCCGGAGGAAGAUGAAGAAGAGCGCUGCAGAAGUUCAAUUGCCGACCCCGUAAAAGUUGUUGUUUACAUAUCUGAUGGUGAGGAGUUUGAUGGUCAAGUCCUGGCAUUUGAUUCUCAUUACAAUUUGGCUGUCAUAGAAAUCCAGUCAGCUGCUCCUUUGAGAGCAGCACGUUUGAGACUCAUUGAUGAUUCUAUGACAGUUGAUCCAAGUGGUCUUGUUCAGGGAACACAUUCCGAACUUCAUCUCGACUCAGAUUCUUAUUAUAAUCUUACCCCUGGAGAUAGUGUAGUUGCAAUUGGUCGUUAUUGUAAAAAGCCAUAUGAAAUAAUGGCUGCUCCUGGUGAAUACAGCAUUAAUAGCUGCGAGUAUGACUGUAAAGAACUUUUUCGGGCGAAUUGCACUAUCACAAGAUGUGGUGUUGGCGGACCACUUAUUAACUCCUUUGGAGAAGUUAUUGGAAUAUGCUUCUUUUUUGAUACUUAUUAUACUCCUUUUUUGCCCGUAAAUCUGACUUCCAAAUGGUGGUAUCACUGCAAGAGAAACAGGGAAAUCCAACAGGAAAUCCGCCGUCCUUUGCUUUCAAUGGAACUUACCAAUCUUUAUGCAGUUCAACUAGGCUUGCUAGAGAAAGUCGUUCAGAAAUUCCCUAACACCUUCAAGGGUGUAGUUGUUGAUGAGGUUGAACCAGGCUCCUCAGCUCAGUUAGCUGGACUCCGUCCCGACGAUGUUAUUGUUGAAUUUGGUGAAAAAAGAAUCCGGAGUUUCUUGGAGUUGUUGGAGAUGAUGUGGGAUAAUGUUGGAAAACAUGUAAAGUUGGUUGUUGUACGAGACAGUGACAGUGUUUCUGUGCCGAUUAGCAUGAUGAUCGAUGAGCUGGCCGUUUUUGAAUUUCGGAAGAUGAACAUUGGAGGAUUCAAGUCAAGUCAGGUGAUCAAUCCGCUUCAAGCAAUGUGGUGUUUUGUUGGGACUACUUAUAUUCUUGUGAAGUGCUGGUUUAUUAGUUAUUUACUGGAUAGAACUUAUUUUGUUGGCGGUUGCUCCUGUUUCUAGCUAUCAAACUAUCAGGAUAAGCAAUCUCAUAAAUUUGAUGUUUCAACUUAUUUUGUUUGCUAAUACUUAAAUUUGAUGUCUCAGGAUAGUCAAUCUCUUAUGCUUAUUGGUUACAGUAAAUCGUAGUUAUUGGGACAAGCCAUCCCUAAUAAUUAUCUCAACAAUCUUUUGUGCUUAUAUCUUUACAUUCAUUCUAUGAUUGCCAUUUUUACAGCUUUGUGAUUG